CUAUAAUUUGAACUGAGUCUUCCUACUUUUUAAUGAUCUUUUGAUCAUUUUAUGUUUAAAAUAAAAUCCAUACUUUUAUAUUAAUGCUCUUAAUCAUGCAGUACGUGUUAUUGUCAAUAUUUUCAAGCUUUAACUACGAACUAUUUCUUUAGUGUUAUUUGCCCAUGUGAUAAUCUCGGACUCACAAUAUACAAAUCUGUAUAGUGUACUGUGUCACCUGGGAGAGGUCUAUACAUAGAUGACGUAAUGAGGCCUCGACGGGGAGUUUGCUAUGAUGUCACAGCCUACUACACAACAUAACACUACAGGGAGAGUGAAGAAUUUUGAAGAAAUAUGUCACAACUCUGUUACAGAAGACUGAAGCAGAAAAUAUAUCUUUUAACUGAGAGUUUUCUGUUAAAUAAGCGAAGCUACUGUCAGACCAAACCAAGACAUCAAGUGUUUGUCUCGACUGCAGACGAUAUAUACACAAAUUUAGCCUUUGAAGAAUGGUUAUAUGAAAGAGAAGAUCUGAAACAGAAAUCUAUUCUCUUGAUGUGGCAAAAUAAGCCUGCUGUUGUGAUUGGACGACAUCAGAAUCCGUGGCUAGAGUGCAAUGUCCCCAAACUAAAAGAACAUGGCAUCAAGUUAGCUCGAAGAAUUAGUGGAGGGGGGUGUGUGUAUCAUGACCUGGGAAAUCUCAACUGUUCCUUUCUGAAAACUCGAACUUUGUACAACAGGAAGGAGAAUCUGGACCUUGUGGUUCAGGCCAUCACCUCCCGCUGGGAUGUGGAUUUAGAAGUCAAUGCCAGAGAGGACAUUGUUUUGGACAGACUGUACAAGGUGUCAGGAACAGCAGCUAAGUUGGGAAGAAACAACACAUUUCAUCAUUUCACACUCCUCCAUGAUGUAAAUGUAGAGAACCUUGAAAUGACCUUGGAUAGUCCUAUGAAGAUGGGUAUCCACAGCAAAGCCACUGACAGUAAAAGAUCCACCAUAAAGAACUUGUCAGAGUGUGAUUUCACUAUAGAUUUCAUGUCACUGGUGGAGGUCAUAGGUCAUGAGUUUUAUAAGGCAGCUGGAGUUCAGGGAGAAAUUGAGUGGAUUGACCCAGGAGAUGAGACUUUGUUCCCAGGUGUGACAGAAAUAAGAAAGUCUGCAGAGGAAUGGCAGUGGAUAUUUGGUAGAACUCCAAAAUUUACUACAAAAAGAAAAUUUACCUCAAAAAAACAUAAAAUUGAACUGUCUGUGAUAUUCAACUUUGAGAAAGGCAGGAUACAGAGUUCUGAGAUUAUUUGUGAUAGUAAUGUUCCUCAUGUCAUGGAGUUUACAGUCAGGCUUCAGAAUGACCUCACGGGACGGAGGCUGCACAGAGAGGACUUGAACCCAGUUUUACAGGCUUCCGACUUGUCACCACUGGACUGUAAACAGGAGGAGGUGAAACAAUGGAUAGUUGACUGUUGUGUGGGAGCUCUGUGUACAGGUGUAUAAAUCUGUUUACAGCCACCAUAUUGUGAUAUCAGUGAUACCCAUUGUGAAAACCAGUCCCCCUUUGAAAUCAGUGGAUUUUGAAAGCCCUGGCAAAAGUUUUAUACCUACAAAAAUUCUCAUGAUACAGUAAAACAUGUUUAUAAUGAACAAUCUUAUAACAAUUUCAUGCUUGGUGUGAAGUGAUAUUUAUUACCUUUUGAAGAGAGGAAAAUCACAAAAGUUUAUUGGAUGAAACAAAAUUUGGUUAACAUACAGUGGUUACAAUAUAGAAUAAACCAAAGAAUAUUAUCUACAAAUACUUUUUUGAAAAAAAAUUAAAAUAAUCAAUCAUGACAUUUGUAGUUUCUGUGUUGGAGAAAAAGAAACACUAGAGCAUAUUUUAUGAGUGUAAAAAAGUGCAGAAUUUUUUUAUGUAUGGUUUAUUCAUGGUUUUUUUAAUCUUUUACAUUUAAUAUUGUCACAGAUAAGAAAGCAUUUUUACUUGGCUGUUCAGAGAAUGAAUUGAUUAAUAUCACAAAUUUUCAUUUGAAACAUAUAUAUUCUUCUCGAUGUUUAAAAGUCCACUGCUUCUAGUAAAAUUUAAGAACACAGUGAAACUUCUCUAAACCGGCUGUCUCUUGGACCGGAAAAAACGGCCGGUUACUGAGAAUAUAGCAUUUAGAGACAUUUUAUCUCAAUUUUCACAAAGUAGGCACUGUUCACUUUGAUCUGGUGAUCUAUGAUCAAUUAUCGAUGGAGAUCAAAGUAGUCCACCUGUACCUAAAGGUAAUUAUUACAAGAAAUACUCUUGCUGAAAUCAUCUAAUUUUAAACUGAAAAUCUAUAACAGGAUACAUAAAGAAAACACAGAGGCCUAUUAUUGGAAUUCCUCUGACCUAUAAAAACUCUGUUUACAUCCAUCGCUUAUGUCAUUAACAAAUUUGUUAUGACAUUUUUGAAAAGUACAGUAGUAAAUAUGAAAUUGUAAUUUGAAUGUUUCUUAGGAAUUUUAAGUCUAUGGAAACCAAGAAAAUUAAUUUAUCUUUUUAUUAUCAUUAACAGUCCUGGGUUUGUUCUUUAUUAACUACCGCUUAUACCAUACGAUAGUAUGGUGCAGCAAUAUGGCAUUUUAUACUGUAUUCAUUCAAUAUGCCCAUCUCUGUUUAUUACAUUUUGUACAGAAUUGGGGAGGGUCACAUGGAUUAGCUAAUUGUCAAUUAACACCCUUAAACCAUAGAAAUUGGAGAGGCCACUUGUGUUUUUCACACCUCCAUUGGAUAAUUUCCCACCCAGUUGGUCUGACAGUCAUUUUCACACCUGGCCAAUCUUGAUCUGGCCAAAUUUUCUUGUGUUUAGAAAGUGGCCAAUAUUAUAAGGGUAAUAUACACAUGUUUGUUAACAAAUGUUCUUAAAAAGUGGCCAGUGUCCGGUUUUGUAAGAAUUUCUUUGUAAGGAAAUGUUAAGAUUUCUGCCAAGACUUUUAAAACUGGCCGAUAUUCAGGGACAACCGGUUUUCUGAGGGCCGAUUUGGAGAAGAUUCACUGUAUCUGGAUAAAUGUAUAUCAUAUUGAAAGACCUAUAGCUCUUAGAAAGAACUGCAUAGAACAAUUUGAGGAAAAAUGGAAAUUGUGUAUUAAAAAAAAAACCUGAAAGAAUGAUUUAUAUCACAUUGUGCAUGUAUAUAAGAAGAUUAUAGGCAUAAAUGCUACAUCAGCAUGUAAUUUGUACAUGAAUAUAUAUUUCUACUGAUUUUGUGACCAAAAUUUUAAGACUCUUUUAGGAUUGUGCACAGGUUGAACAAAACAACAUGGCCUAUGUUGACAUUUUUUCCCCUUAUUUUUAUGUAGUUGUUCAGCAGCCAGAGUAAUUUUUCCCUCUAUCUUCUUUCUCCUUACUACUAUCUUUUGUAUGAAAGUCUAUCAUGUGUGAAAGUGAGCUAGUGUUUGUGUAAAUAACAUUGAGUCCCCAUACCCACUGGUCAGGUUGGAUGUACAUGUAAUAGGGCACUUGUAAAAAUCCUGACUAACAGAAUUGAAUAAAUGUGUUGAACCAGAAAAAAAA